AUGGCGACCACGGCGGCCGAUACCGACGCUUUUAACGACUUCGACGUCCAGUUGUUAGAGGAACCCGAUGAAAGCGAACUAGGCGCUGUCCCGAAGUUUGAGAUCAUUGGCGCUGAUACCGGGAGACUCGGACUGAGUGAACUCAACAACGCCCUCAUCCUCGACGCCGACAUUGGCUCCAAAUCCCACAUUUUGCAAUGUCGGAUUGCCCAUGUAUGUCAUGGAACCCUCGAGCCUAAUGGUGAUCCGGCGACCCUGCUUGUGAUGCUCUUCGUAUUUCAGCCCAAGGGACAAACAAAACGCUUCAAACAGGUUGAGGUCACCCUGAACUUCAUGCCCGGGUCGGAAGAUACUGUAGCGCCAGAGGUUCUCAGAAUGUCUCCGGUAGGAGAGUAUGCCCUGUUCCCUUCGGAGCAAGAGGUCGAGAUCAGCCAUGUGUUUAGCCCAAGCCUAGAGGCUACGGUCGGGUUAGCCAAGGGCACGCUUGGGUAUCAGUUGGAGCACAAGACGAGUCGAAAGAUCAAGGAUCACGGGACUAUCUUCGGCGUUGCUAGGGGUUCUAGGGAGGUCUUCUGGGGUCUAUACGAGAAUGAAUCAACGGACAGUGGGAUCCCUUCGAUGUUUCAAGGGGCCAUUUUGCUGAAGCGUGAGAAGAAGUUGAAUAGCCAAUACGGACAGCAGUUUAGCUUGAAAUUAACUAUUUCCGGGCGGGUCAACCGGAAGGCAGAGGCGGAAGAGAUCUCGAAGAACAUGUUUGGAACUAAACGAAGAGGAGAGGACGUCUUGUUCGACCCGAAGGCAGGCUCCAGUGGGCGCAGCAUUGUCAAAGACCCUGCUCGACUCGAGGAUGAAGACAUUGAGGGGUUCAAAAAGCUCGUAACGAUUCGGGAAUGGAGGGAUGGCACAGGGCAAGAGGCGGGA